CCGAAACGAAACCCGCGCGUCCCCGCCCGCCCGGCCGUCAGCUGAUGGGCCGCUCGCCCCGGAGGCCGCCGCCGCUGCCGCCGCGCGAACAUGGCGGCCGAGAUCCACUCCAGGCCGCAGAGCAGCCGUCCGGCGCUCCUGAGCAAGAUCGAGGGGCACCAGGACGCCGUCACGGCCGCACUGCUCAUCCCCAAGGAGGACGGCGUCAUCACCGCCAGCGAGGACAGAACCAUCCGAGUAUGGCUGAAAAGAGACAGCGGCCAGUACUGGCCCAGCAUUUACCACACAAUGGCCUUUUAUAGGAAUAGCAUGGUGAUGUGUCUACCCAAAUAUAACAAGAAGCCACCAAGGGAAUUUCAUGUUUCUGAAGAUUUUAAUAAAAUGAACUUUAUCAAGACCUACCCAGCUCAUCAGAAUCGAGUGUCUGCGAUUAUCUUCAGCGUGGCCUCAGAGUGGGUGGUCAGCACCGGCCACGACAAGUGUGUCAGCUGGAUGUGCACCCGGAAUGGGGACAUGCUGGGGAGGCACUUCUUCACAUCCUGGGCUUCGUGUUUACAAUACGAUUUUGAUACUCAGUAUGCUUUUGUUGGUGAUUAUUCUGGACAGAUCACCCUGCUGAAGCUUGAACAGAACACCUGUUCAGUCAUCACAACACUCAAAGGACAUGAAGGUAGUGUCGCCUGCCUCUGGUGGGACCCUCUUCAACGGUUACUCUUCUCAGGAGCCUCUGACAACAGCAUCAUCAUGUGGGACAUCGGAGGAAGGAAAGGCCGCACGCUUUUGCUCCAGGGCCACCAUGACAGGGUGCAGGCGCUGUGUUACCUUCAGCUCACGAGGCAGCUCGUCUCCUGCUCCUCGGAUGGUGGCAUUGCGGUGUGGAACAUGGACGUGAGCAGAGAAGAGGCUCCUCAGUGGUUAGAAAGCGAUUCUUGUCAGAAAUGCGAGCAGCCCUUUUUCUGGAAUAUAAAGCAGAUGUGGGACACGAAGACGCUGGGACUGAGACAGCAUCACUGCAGGAAGUGCGGACAGGCUGUCUGCGGGAAGUGCAGCAGCAAGCGCUCAAGCUACCCGGUCAUGGGCUUCGAGUUCCAAGUCCGGAUGUGCGACUCCUGUUACGACUCCAUCAAAGAGGAGGAUCGGACUUCUCUAGCAACUUUUCAUGAAGGAAAACAUAACAUUUCCCACAUGUCCAUGGACGUUGCCAGGGGACUGAUGGUGACCUGUGGGACCGAUCGCAUUGUAAAGAUAUGGGACAUGACGCCCGUGGUGGGCUGCAGCCUGGCGACUGGCUUUUCCCCACACUGAUCCGGGAGCUGGGCGAUGUCUGCACCUCCACGGCCACCUGCACCAAAUGCAGUCCUUCCCUGGAGCGCCACAGUAACUGUCACCUGCACGGACAGGAGCCACUUAAACACAGAUCUACAUUUUUCAAAAGAAAAAAAAAGCAUACCGGUGUGUUUGAGGGCAUUUGUGGAACUACCUGUGGAAGUGACUGACAUGGACAAGGAAUUCCUACAACGAAGCUUCCUCAUGAACCGUGAGCUAAUGUGUGUACUAAAAGAUUCAUCUAGCAAAUGGGAGUUUUAGAGAAAAAUAUAUGGAACAAAAAAGUUAUGCCUAGAACUGUCUUAAAGCAGUCGCGAGUACAAACACACGUCCCCUCAGACCUGCUGGCCCAGCAGGGGCUCCUCCACUCUUUGCUGAUGGAGCAGGAGUCCCGGGCAGGAGGACUUGUUUUCUCUUUCUUGAGGGGUGCAGUAGAGAGCUCUCCUCAUAUGCUGGUGGGAUAUGAUUGUGCUUUACACUUAGUUAUUGACAGACUUCCUAAAGACCCCUGUUCUCUUCAGACAGCGCCAUUCUCUGCACUUAGCACUCAGCCCGCCUCGCCUGUUUGUCCCGCUGGUCAGCAUGCCAUGGGCGGCCCUUCACAGCUGGGAGUCGUGACGCUUCUGUCCUAACCCAGGCAGUCCACAGGCUUCACUUCCCCACACAUGCGCUCUGAGGACAAAACGUUUUUUAUGGUGCUGUUACCAUGGGAGCCACACGAGCCGCCUGACUUUUUCUCGUUGCAGUUAGUAAUGACUGAUGGAAAACCCAGCUCCCAGCGUGGGUGUGACGGGACGGGUCUGUUCCAUGGAGCAGCUCCGUGCUCCUAACAGACACGCUGUAUUUCUAGAUCCAAGAUGAGCCCCUGUGAUACCGUGGCAAUUUAACAUACACCUCAGGCAAGAACUCCAAAGCUUUUUAAACUAUUAUAUGUUGACUUACAGCCGUAACUAAUAUUGUUAACAUUUCACAGAAGGAAAUUGGUAAACCAGAGCAGUAACCGUUAUUCCCAACUUGUGACUUGGUUUCAUAACAACUUGCAAAAUCUGUUAUAUCAAAUGGGGUUUUAAAGGGUUUUGGCCACUUAGUACCGGGAUGGGGAAGAGGUGGAGGACAGGGAGCCUACUUUUAAUAUUCAAAUAUUUAUUUGUUUGAUUAUUUGUUUUUAACAAUAGUACAUGAAUCUAGUACUUGAGGACUGUGGAAGUGAGUGGAGAGAGGCCUACUUUUUUAAAGACAAACUUUAAAAUAGCAGCAGUAUUUUUGUUAGUCUUACUAAUGGAUGUUGAUAAAAACUCCCCACUGCGUUACUAUUGGGAUCUCAUGAAGACCACGUGGUCAGUCUAUAUGAUGCAACUAAGGGACUAGAUCUUAUUUUUUAAUGACAGCUAAGAGGCACUGCAACGGUUGAUAGGCAGUUAAACUAAAAUGGCCAAGUGACACAGAUAAUAAGGAGAGGGAAGGCGGUCAGGCACAUCCUGUGUUAGAAUGACUGGCAUUGCCCUCACAAAUAAGAAUGAAGGGUUUCUGUUGCUCCUCAUAAUUUUUGUGUUAUAGCACCUAAGAAGAUGUUUUCUUUAAAAAAACUUUUCCUAGGCUUUUUGCAAAAUAUACAUUGCUAACCUAGCCUGGAGGAAAAAUUGAGUGAUGGUAACGUUUAAAUGGCAAUGUUGAAUGUUAACUUGAGUUUAGCCACAUAAAGGUGCUAUCCCGGGGAUUUUGUGAAGUCCUAAGAAUAUAGAAAUAUAGAAAAUAGAAUAUGACCGAUUUCCUUGCCACAUUGAAGAGUGCUGAACUGGGCUUUUCUUUUUCUUUGUUCUGUAAAAUGUGAUUUUUUAAAUGUCUAUGAUAGACUGAGCAGAACAUCACAGCUGCCAAGAAUUUGCCAUCGCUUUCAGACUUACUUUUUAUUUUUAAAAAUUCUUAAUGAAAAGCCCCAGUGUUGCAUAGAGACUAUAAGGCUGUUAUAGUGCCUCUUAAGGGGCUAAGCUAAUAUUAAUCAAGGAAGGAAUGUAUAGUUAAGGAAGAAUUGGAGCGUGGUAUCUGGAAAAGGAAAGCAGAGUGUUUCAAUACGGCUUUCUCUCUACCCAGGCCUAUUCCCAUUUUUCUGUUUGACAACGCACAUGGCAGGCUCGUCUUGUCUCUGCCACACACUAGCAAAUGGGGUAAUAUUUUUUUAUAGAAGUGGGCAAAAAUUAUUUUCUCAAUUUUACUGACUGGGCACAUAAGGAAAGUAUAGCUAGGCUUGUAGUUAUUGCCUUAUUUUGACUGCAUUACUCUUAAACGGGUCUUUUAAAGUAGUUCUUCAAGUAACGUUUGCUGGUUUUUCCAUUCCUGAAUACUCAUGCUAGUUUGUACAAAUAGGGAUUAAGAAGUACAGAAUGUUAGAGAAGAGCCUUAUGUUUAUGUUUGGAUUUAGUAUGUAUGGGAUAAGAAAAUGCCAAUUCUUCAUUUUAAAUAUGUUUUUAAAUUGCCCUUUAUUAGUGAUAGAAAUACCCCAACAGCAUUAGGUGGAAGCACUAUUCAUUUCAUUGUACAUCUCUGUUCACUAUGUCGCAGUUCUGUCCUGCCACCUAGAGGAUAGAAGCAAAAUAUGUUGCUCUAGAAUGCGUCACUUUGUUCUCCCCCUAAAGAAUUCAGUUUAUUAGUUUCCACAUUUUAAAACUGUUGAAACGGGCCUAUGUCUAUAAUAAACACAGCAGUGGCUCAGAUCCAAAAUGUUUUCUAAAAAGAGUUUUCUUUAAAUUGAAUUCUGUUUCUGUUCCUGGAUCUGGUGUCUCUGAAAAUGGAAGAAACCAGUACUAAUGGUAAACCAUCUGCUCAUUAUAAAUGUGAGGUUUAACAAAUAAGUAAUACAGGCUAUAUUUAUCCCAGUGUCUAUUGCUUAAUUGUUAAUUGUGAGCAGAUUAUUGAAUGCCUACUCUAUUUUCUGCAGUUUAUUAUACAACAACUCUUUGAGCAAGUUGAAGUUUAUUUGAAUUGUGCAACGAAUUUAUAUUAGAAUACAAUUUAAAGUGUUCUUCUCUCUAGCCUCUUUUGACUGCGGAAGCAGGGUGAUGUCAGUUAGUAUAUUUUGUCCGUGUACUAGCUAUGUUUCUAUGAGAUAUGGUGCCCUGCCUAUCCCAGAGAGCUAGAAAACUUUGUCCUUUGCUCCUAUUUGUGGGUUCUGUUUCUGUGGGUUUUUUGAGAAUAUGCAUAUAAUAAAAUGUUUCUUGCUUGUUA